ACAGAAGGGCCAACGACGAGGUAAGCAUCGGUCUGUUUUAAAGGAACCUAGAAAAGAUUUACCCGAGUCGAAACGAAGGAUUGUGUAUUCAAAACAACAAUGACAAGCUCCACGAGGUGUGGUGUAGUUGAAUAGUAAUUCGAUGGCGAUCGAAUGCACCCAGGACGCGGUUUUACGGUUCCUAACGGAACGAGGGGGGAGAGUGAGGAAUACAGAUUUAAUAGAACACUUUAAAGCUGUUAUGCCUACAGAUCCCGUGAGGAAAUCUGCUGCCAGAGAGGCUUUCAAGAGCUACGUGGAUAGUGUAGCAGUAGUGAAGGUGGAAAAUGGAGAGAAAUACGUCUGUUUGAGAAAAAGAUGCAGAGGAUCACCAGCACAGCCGGGGGAACAGGGUGCUACUAAGCAUCAUGUCGUGCCUGUCAAACUGUGCGACCACGUGGACAACAAGGUUCCUACAGGAAGGUGUGGAAACAAAGAUGCAAAACAAGAAAUACCACCUGCUUCAGGUUGUGACACAGAUGUCUGUCAGAUUGCUUCACAGACUGUUGUGGAUGGGUCAACAACUUCAAUCGGGUAUAAAUAUAAGGGUUGUAGAAAUGAAGACGCCAAAGAAAAAAUACCUACUUCCUCAGGUAGCAGACUCCACCCGACUUCUUCGCGAAUCACUUUGGAUGAAUCACCGCUUUCCAAAUCUAAGCUCUGUGAAAACAAAUAUGCAAAACAAGAAAUACCGCCUGCCUCAGAUGACAACAUUAAUUGUGUCAAAGGAGUGCAAAUACUUGUGACUAAUUCUGAAACCACUUUAGAUGGAUUAAACCAGAUUUUACCAUCCUUCGGGUCAGAUUCUGGGCUUGACGGAAAGGAAAUGGGUAACCAGCACACUAGGAGGAAAAGUAAACCUUCUCUGGGAUCAGAUGACACUUUGCAAAUCAGUAAUCCAUUAGGAAUACCAGAAAUGACUCUGACAGAGGCGUCUCCCAUACCAGCAACUGCCAGAACUGCAUUUGAUCUCUCAUGUUUACCGACAAAUAUUCAAGCUCUGAGCGAGGGUGUCCCUGAUCAGACUUGUUCCAGACUUGGCAAAUUACAGGGUGAGUCUAAUUUGAAAUCGCAUGAGGAGGAGACAAAAUCAGGAAAAGGAUCACCCCGUCUGAGAGAUGAGGAACGUCCGGAUACUGCGAGCAACAGUCCGAAAGGAAGUCGUAAGAAUUUUCUUGAGCACAUGAUGAGCAGUUCUCCACAGGUCCGGCGCAGCAUGGUACUAAAACAUUCGGUCAGAAUUAGGGAAUCUACUGUAAAGACUGAUGGCGUGUCAGACUCGGUCAACUCUUCAAAUGUGGAGGAUGAGAGCGCCCCUGUUACUCUGGAUCCUGUGGAGCAUGAGUGGAUGAUGUGUGCCUGUGAUGGGGAAUGGGACAGCCUACAUCGACUGCUCGAAAGUGAACCCAGCCUGGUCACCAAAAAGGACUUUGUGACAGGCUUUACAUGCUUGCACUGGGCUGCUAAACUGGGUAAGCAUGAGCUGCUUGCCUUGCUUGUGAACUUUGCACGACAACGAGGCAUUCUGCUCAAUGUGAACGCACGUUCAAGUGCUGGAUACACGCCCUUGCACUUAGCCGCCAUGCACAACAACAUCGAGGUUAUCAAGAUGCUGGUGGGUGCGUGUGAUGCAGAUGUUGAGGUACGAGAUUACAAUGGCAAAAAAGCAGGCCAGUAUUUGCGAAGUGAUGUCGCACAGGAUGUCCUUGAUAUAGCAGGUGCAGAGGCUAGUGGCAGCACUGAAAAUUCAGAACCUGUGCUAGAAGAUGAUACAUCUCGGUGGAAGCUGCCAAGAGUUCUCCAAGCCAAUCUGAAACUGCUAAAUCGCAGUGCAAGUGAAGAUGAUGCUCAUGAUGGCUUGGGGUUUUUAAGAGAGAAGCCUCUCCGCCGGAAAUCAUCUCUCAACAAGUUGAAACCCAGGCUAAGCAAAAGGGGUGUGGGGCCACCAAUAGUUCACAGCACUUCUCUAUUCGAGCGGCUUGAGGGAGCCACCAGUCAAGCCCAUGGUUCCUUUAAAACCAGACCUAAGUCAAACCUGUUUGGAUAAUUUUGCAUAUGCAGAAACCUUUUUGUACCUUUUAAUCGUUUGUGAAUCAGCCAAAAUAUGAUCUUUUAUCUUCAGUGCAAAGCUGAACAGGGAAAUUUGCCAAGGGAACUCCAAACAUGCCAAGGCUAAAUGACUGCAAGGGAAAAUGUUUUAUUGUUUUAGCCAAACAGUUAGUUCAAAUGUUAACUUUAGCUUUAUUCUUGCAACAUAUCAUGCUGUGUUAGCAAGUAGCUGAUAACUCUUGCUGGAAAAACAAAUGACACAGGUACUAGCCACAUUUUAGAAUCAAAUUAUUAUAGCAUGCAUUAAUACAUUCAAUGCCUUUAUUAAAAGAUGGGACCAAAUGUAAAACAAUUCUGACUUUUAGAUAAUGGCUAAGCCUAGUUUUGCUGCUAAUAUUUAAUCUUUAGGAAAACUGAUAGCCUGACUUGGCUUACAUCUUAAGCCUCACAUGGUGUACCUUUAGCAAUAUUGUCUACAACUCUUUGUGGACAAAGGGCCCAUAUUUCUAAAUUGUCAGUUAACUUGUUGAACUUGUAUACUGCCAUUUUGAAAAUAUGAGUUUUAAGUGUUUAUCAGUUGAUUCUUUACUAUUUUAUGUACAUUUUUAAAAUAAACUCUUUAUACUAUUUAUAUGAAUGUAAUUUACGUUGCACUUUUGAGAGAGAGUAGUAAUCUAACACAUUAUUGUAGCAGAGGUUAAGCAAUGCAGAUAUAUUUCACUGAGUUAGGCUUUUGUAUGAGUGUUGCUAGUUUUGCAAACAUGUCCUAAGAUGUUGGCUGUAAACGUCAUUGUGGUUUGACAUGAGCAAGCACAAGCUCGUUCAUCUUUCACACUAGGUUACUUUGUCAGUUUGUAAAGCAAAAUUCAAUGUACCAUGAAAGAGGCAUAUAAAACUGGGGCAGUGAUAGCACUGUAUCUUAAUAUGCAUGGGAAGAUCUUAAGUAUAUUUUCCAGAAUGCCUUAUCGCUGCUAAAAUCAGUGCCACUUUUAGUUUAUGCUGUCACACCACUCUGCUUUUGGGAGUCAAGUUCUUCCUUGCAUAAUAAAGAUACAAUGGCUUUUUCUCCUAAUACAUGGUUUUAUAGAAAAGUAAGGCAUGACAUAGCCUUUGAUAUAAAAAAAACAGCCAACCAUGACUAUUCCCUUUAACAUGUAGUUUAAUACUAGUUACUAUGUAUUUAAUGAUAAUAUUUUAACCAAUAUUUAACCAUAUCUCAUGAUGUUGGUUUAAGAUUACCUUUAGUUGACAAUGACCUACAUUACCCUUUAACUACACUAUCUAGCAAUCCUAAAAUUGUUUCCACUUGUAAAUCAGAGGUGUUCAUGCCAUGAUAAACCAGGGAUAAUACUGACUUUAAACUAACCCUAUAAUUGAGUCAGCUACUUAAUUGGACACAAAAUGAAGUAACAUCUAACAAGAUAACACACAACAUAAAUUGUUUAGUAAAAAUAUCUAAUGUACUUAACUUUUCCUACUCUAAAUGUGGUAUUCAGUGGUACUUGUACUGACAGCUAUUGAUUGCUUCUCAUUGUGUGAAAUCCUCCUAACCAAUGACAACUUCCUUUAUUAUUAUACCAUGUGCAAUUUGUACAAAAUUUGUAUAUUUUUUAUGUAACCUGUCUGUAUAUUCAUUUUUAAUGUAGUUUUUCCCUCUUGUUUUUUUGUUUUAGUUUUUUUAGAAUACACUUGUUUACGCACAUGAAUACAUAAUUGUUUGUUUAUAUUUAUUGGUACAAAGUCAAAAGACAAUCUUGAUGUGGAUUAUAGAUUGGAAGUACAUGGUGGAGUAAUUUAAAAUGUAUGCUGUACAUGGCAUCUCAUAAAAUUAUGUAUUGUCCAGAAUUCCUAGUUUCCCAUCCUUGUUAGCAAUUCAAGUACAAUUUUACAGUUGGGCAAUUAAUAUUUCUCAGUUCAUGAGACUAUUCAUUUGUGGCAUUACCUAAAUGUGUGUGUUUGUUUUUUUGCUGAGCUACAACAUUUUGCAUCUGUGACCUAGUGUAAUGAUUGUUCUUAAACACACGAUGACCUGCUGCUUAUCACAUGACCAGCACAGAGAAACCAAGGUUAUCUACUGUGUUUAUAUUAUUGCAUCAUUGGAGGAGGAGACUAGAGAUAGAGGAAAACAUUUUCUCAUACUUUUUCAUGUGUUACUUUUUUAACCCAUUCAACACCAUGGAUUUCACAAUCGAGGACAUUGGCAUGCUGACAGAAAUGAGGUUGUGCAACAGUGCAACUGUUCAAGCCAGUGUUUUCUGCUUACCCAAAAUUUGUGGAUCACUUUAUACUGCCAGAAAAGGGGCCAAUGGAAAUCAUUCUGGAUGCCACUUUGUAUAUAAUUACACAGUGCCUCACUGCACAUUUUCUUAACUAACUUGUUCAGCUGUCCUUAAAUCCUCGUUUGAUCCUUGUUCAAAAAUGUGAUGAUUGGUUUCUAGGCUCAUGUUGGGCACAGAUUACAUAAUAAAUGUUAAUCUCUUGUACUUUUACAUAGAAGCAUCUGGGAGUUCCAAUUUCACCACAUUAAUCAUUUCUCUGAUCCACAGAUUAUGGGAAGGAGGUAGGAUUCAAUUUUGUUGUAUGUUGUAUACAGAGGUGGAAAGAGUACUUAAAUAUUCUACUCAAGUAAAAGUACUAUUACUUUAAUGAAUUUCUACUUAAGUACGAGUAAAAUUACUAGUCUAAAAAUCUACUCAAGUAUAAAGUAAAAAAUAACUAAUUUAAAAUGUACUCAGAGUAAACGAGUAAACGUUACUUAGUUACUUUUUUAACAGCGGGGGGGGUCUCUCCUGUGUAAUGCAAACAGGACAAGUGGAUAUAUCUCAAUAGUUGUUUUUAAUUAAAAUAUAAUAGAAAAAAACAUGUUGAUACAACAUUUAAAACAUUUAGGGAUCUCUAAUAUGUCAUUUUAGUACAGACCAUCCCAUCAAACUGUAUAACCACUGAAGUUGGCAUUCAUUGUGGAUUCUAUAGACCAGCCUUCUUUUCAUCACUAACAAAUACCAAACAACAGUUACACUGCAAAUCUCAUAACUCAAAAUAAGUCAAGGUUACAAGUGUGGUGACUUUCACUAAAUGACCCAAAUAAAACCUUCAAGAUGUAAGACAAAACUUUGCCAUUCUUUGACAUCAGACUAUGUUAUCAAAUAACGAAACAUCAAACUCCAAACAUGUUAAACUUUUAAAAAUCACCCUUCCCUCCUUACUCUGUACCUAGAUUACAGCUCCUUUAUUUUAGCACCAGUUUAUUUUCCAUCGCAGAAUUCACUGCAGCACUUUCCCAGACGUGAUUUUUAGCGUUUUAUUUACUCAGUAACGGAUGUUAUUUAAAAUGUAGCGAAUUACAAUUCUUAAUACAAAACAUGCUUAAGUAAAAGUAAAAUUACUGGUUGUAAAAUCUACUUUUAAAAUUCCAAGUACACAAAAAAACUACUCAAUUACAGUAACGCGAGUACAUGUAAUUUGUUACUUUCCACCUCUGGUUGUAUAUGUGCUGUUCAAACCUAACUCAAUAACCCAAGUGUUCUAAUGGAUUACAGCAAUUUAAUUACAUUUAAUACAGGUAGUCAGACAAUAGCUAAACCCAAAAUGUAGCUUUUUAUUAAGAGGACUGUCAGUGAUUUGUGUUGUGUUUUGAAAACUGUCACCAAAUUAAAUUGAUGAAUCACUGACUUUAACACCUUAAACACAAAUGCAUUCAUUCAAAUAGAAUCUUAUGCUAAAUGGUUAAAUACAAACAAACUACAUAUUCUUCUGUCAGUUUUUUCUCAAAAUAGGUAAAUAAAAAAAUAUUCGUCAGGUUAAAGUAUCUCCACAAGAGGGAGCAGGUGUCAGUGUAGAAGUGACACUACAGGAGGUUUUUAGUUUUUACUGUAAAACCUCAGCAAAAUUAAGCAUGGUGUUUGGCUCAUGGUUUCAUCAUGUUGCUUACCCAUAGUGUUAAUCUUUUUGGCAUGUUUAUUAAAAUCUAAAAACAUGUUGCUAAAAUAUUGAAAGAUUUUUAUUUGGCAAUGGCAUGCCUCCCAGCUUUGUUUAGCAGAAAAUAAACAUUCUCUACAAACACUACAUUUUUUGUAAAAUGUAUAACUGCUUUUAAAGGGCUAAAACUGUAGGUAUUUUGGAGUAACUUAUGGUGCUAUUCAGCAUUAAACACAUCAGUACUGGUAUGAUUACGUUUAAAGUUAUUGUUUGUUAAUGACUAAAACAUGUAUAACUGUGGCACUGUUCGGGAACAUUAUGGAACAAUAAAGUAUUUCCUAUGUUGUAAUACAAUGUGAGUUUUAUUGGAUAUAACUUUAAAAUACAUAGAAUUCUGCA